CUCCGCGUCUGCUCGCGCCCACCGGGCAUGGCUUCCAACCUGGCUGCACUUCCUGAGUCGUUCUCGAGCGUGGAAGACCCGACUGCUCAGCAGCCCAGGCCCACGGUCACAUGGAACCUGGGCUCGUCCACGGCGUCUGCGGCCGCCGUCCAGGCGACCACCAGUUCCCGUACCAACCCGGCCUCGGCCUUCGUCCGGCGCAAUAAGCUCGGCAGCUGCCCCGAAGUCAACGCAGGGGCCCGGCCUCAGAUCUGCUUCCUGCGGCCGCGGACCGCGAAGCCGCUGGUGCUUUUCAGCUUAAUGAAUGCCAGUGAAGCAGCGGUGAAAAAAUUUUUACCCAAGAGCCACUUAUCUCGAGUGAUUACUCGUGACAACCUCUGUGCACAACGAAUCUAUGAGAUGGAGAUAAGAGCUUCAGACAAGACCAAGAAAAAGAUGGGCCACUUGUAUGACCACCUGAAAAAAAAGUUCAUGAUGGAGCAGCUCAGAAAGCUGGGACGCUGGAGACGGGAAUUCCUGAACAUCCAGCAGUACCUGGAUAGUAUCCGAGGGUGUGAGUUCCAGCUGAAAUUCCAUCCUAACAAGAAAAGGCGGCCACCCUAGUCGAGGCAGAGUGAUCUGCCCCAGAGCUAUGACGACACUAGGGUGAAGGGAGAAAAAGAGCUGGAAACCAGCCAGCCUACACUGUUGUAGAACAACAAUAAACCCAGGCAAGCGGACAAUGGAGCACAAAAACCCUCAGCAAUUCUGAUAUUCCUUGCCCCCGCCCUGUCCCCUCUGUUCUGGUGAAGGAGUCCUGUAGCUGCCCAAGUGGAAGAGGCCACAUCAAGCUGGCUUCCAUGGUUAAGGCAAAGAUCGACCUUCAGUACCUACACGUCUGAGGUGAAAUGCCAGGCCAGGUGCACUGGGACAUUGGUACCUUAGAUGAGAAGGGCUCGGUAAUGCCACUGCCUGGCAUUCCAGGGGUAAGGAGAUCAAGGUGGGGCAUCAGACAGACCUGGGUUAAGUGCUAUUUCUGCCAUCCAUCAGCUUUGUGACUUUGUAACCUCUCUGAGCCCGUUUUCUUAUCUGAAAGAAUGGGGUAAUAGUGAGGGAACCUGCCUCCAAGAACUGGCACGAGGAUGUGGACUGCUUGGCCCAAGGCCCGUCAUUUCCAAUGGCUCUCAUCAUGAUGGCUCCAGUUGGCUUCCAGCCUUGCUAGUCCUUACUCCCUGGCCUGCCUGCUGUCCCAACUAACCCUGACUUCACAUUGUGCCUUUACUUGCACAGGCCCCUCAUCUAGAAUGCCUCUUCAGCACCUCAGGGCUCUCAGGAAACUCUCUUCAUCCUUCAAGGCUUAUCUCAAUGCCACUUCUCCCUCACCCACUCAGCAAAGCUUCUCAGACCUCCUUCUGCCUCCUGCCAGCCCCUUUCCCCACCCUGCCUAAGCCACAUGGGUUUCCCCUCCCCCCUGAACUUGGAUUACCUGUGGUGGCUUCACUCUGCCUUGUUUGGUAGCUGUUGGGUAUUUGUCCCAACCCCUGAUUAGAUUGUACAGUCUUUGAGAGUAGGGAGCAAGGAUCCUCCAGAUUCAGGUCAGGCCUCUUCUGUGACACUUCCCCCACCUGGGCCCCGUAGAAAAGGCCACUCCUUCCUGUGCCCACACCUCUGUACCCAGGGUGGAGUUGCCAUUUCUUGUUUGCUCAGGUGUUUUCCCUGACCAGGUUGUGAAUGUCUUGAUGGCAGGGACGCUGACUUAUUCAUCUUUUUAACCACAAUGCCUAGUAAAUGGAGUACUCACUCAAUGUUUUUGGAAUAAAUGACUAUCUUAUUCCUUUUUGUAUUACAGCUUUAACACAGUGCACAGAGUAAGGGCCUGGUACAUAUUUUUUAACUUA